AUGGUGUCAUUGUUACACCACUCAAAGUUGUCAAUCAAAGAAAUUGAUGAUUUCAUUGAUGAUGUGGGCAUCGUUGAAGAUACUAGUAUAUUUGAAGCAGCUAAUGAAAUCGUCCAACAACUUCAAUCCACAGCCUCAUUUGCCUUCAGCGAUCCAGCAGAUGGUGAAGCAUGCACAAUAUAUUACAUGUCAGGAGCAGUCGCUCACAGUGUGCUUCAUACUACACGAUGUGAUGACUGCAAGGAAAUAUUAGUUGAUGAUGAAUCCAUCUGUGUAGAUGUCCACCAUUUAAAAGAGCAAGUAUUUUUCAAUGAUGUAAACAGGGGAGCGCUAAUAAAACCAUCGGAAUACCUAUUCAUGACAUGCAUAGACUGUUGGAAGAUAUUUGCAGGAAUGAAACAGUCUGAGGCCAUCAUGAAAAAUGUUCUCACUUCAUCCAACCAGAAGAGUCUUUUUUGCAAAAUUGUUGAUAUGCUUGUCAUUGAGGAUGCUAUUAUCAUUGAUAAUAAUUACUGUGUUAAAAGUCAUGAUGUAAAACGUAUGAUUGCUGAACGGUUUUUUAAUUGCUUGACAAAAAACUUUGUUAAAAGUGUAAAUGAAAAUAUUAACGGUUCAUCUCUUAGUAAGAAAAGAAAGUUAACUAAAUUAAAUUGA